CUAAUGAUCCUUAUAAGUUCAAUGAAUUAGCGUUCUUCAAGAUCAUCGUACAAAUUCUCAUCCUACCGAGAAGCAAUUUGCUAAUUUGAUUAAAUUUGUAGUAGCGCCGCCCGAAUCGAUCGAAUGGAUGGUGUUGCAGAUUUCUUGAUCCUCCCCGACCGGCGCUUCGCCGCAUCGGCGCCGCUGCGGCGGUGGCGCAUUGCCUACCACAUGAUCUGUUCCUGCCGCGCCAUGAGCGUCCUUGUCCGGAAGCAGCUCGCCGCCAUCCGCUGGGCCCCCUCCUACGUCGCUAUCGAUGUCGACGGCGACUCUGCAUCGUUGACUUUCCCCAAAGUCGCGGAUGCCAGCAGUCUUAGGCCCCUCGUCAAGGAGCGGCGCCUCGAGGACCUCCGCCGCCUCGGCGGAUCCGCAGGCCUCGUUAGCGCGCUGGCCUCCGACGCCGAGGAUGGCAUACAGGGGGGCGGCGACGACCUGAGCUCCCGCCAGGCGGCGUUCGGCUCCAACACCUACCCCCGACCGAAGCCCAAGGGUUUCUUCCACUUCGUGUUGGAGGCGAUCAACGACUUGUUCAUCAUCAUCCUCAUGGUCUGCGCCGCCAUCUCCCUCGCCUUCGGUAUCAAGGAGCACGGCCUCAAAGACGGAUGGUACGACGGCGCCAGCAUCUUCCUCGCUGUCUUCCUCGUCUCCGUCGUCUCCGCCGUCAGCAACUUCCGACAGAUGAAGCGUUUCCACAAGCUGUCGGCGGAAUGCGACAACAUCCGCGCCACCGUCGUCCGCGGCGGCCGCCGGCACCCGGUGUCCAUCUCCGACGUCGUGGUCGGCGACGUCGUCUUGUUAAACAUCGGCGACCAGGUCCCGGCCGACGGAGUCUUCCUCCAGGGGCACUCUCUGCAGGUCGACGAAUCGAGCAUGACGGGCGAGAGCCACCCGGUGGACGUCGACGCCGUCAAGAACCCUUUCCUCACUUCCGGCGUCAAGGUCAUCGACGGUUACGCCUCGAUGCUCGUCACGGCCGUCGGCACCGACACGACGUGGGGCGAAAUGAUGGGCUCCAUCACCCGCGAGACGUCGGAGCCGACGCCGCUGCAGGAGCGGCUUCAGGGGCUGACGUCGAGCAUCGGGAAGAUCGGCAUCGCGGUUGCCGCCGUCGUCUUCGCCGUACUCGUGAUCCGCUACUUCACCGGGAGCACGAAGGGCGACGACGGACGGCCCAAGUUCGACAAGCACAAUGCAAAAGCCUCUGACGUCAUCAGCGGCCUCGUCGACAUGUUUCAGGACGCGGUCACCAUCAUCGUGGUCGCCAUCCCCGAAGGCUUGCCGCUCGCCGUCACGCUGACGCUGGCCUUCUCCAUGACAAGAAUGAUGAAGGACAACGCCAUGGUCCGGAGGCUCUCUGCUUGCGAGACCAUGGGUUCGGUCACCACCAUCUGCACUGAUAAAACAGGGACCUUGACGUUGAACAGGAUGAAGGUCACCCAAUUCUGGAUCGGAAAUGAGCAAUGCACGCCGACGACUUCGAUUGCGCUGCGCGUCCUGACAUUGUUAUACCAGGCCGUCGGGUUGAACACCACCGGCAGCGUCUUCCAGCCUACCGCGGCGUCGGAGCCAGAGAUCACAGGAAGCCCAACGGAAAAGGCUCUGCUUUCGUGGUCAAUUUCGGAUCUCAGAAUGGUUGCGGAAGAAAUGAAGAAGAAGUGCGUCGUCAUCCAUGUCGAGGCCUUCAAUUCGGAGAAGAAGCGCAGUGGAAUCUUCGUGGAAGAGAAAGCGAGCGGAGCGAUGAUCACGCACUGGAAAGGAGCCGCCGAGAUGCUUCUGGUCCGAUGCUCUCAUUACACAGAGACGAACGGGAGCGUUAAACGUGUCGAUCUCGAGGCAAAAUCCAAGCUCGAAUCGAUCAUCCAUGACAUGGCCGCCUCGAGUCUCCGCUGCAUCGCCUUCGCCUACAAGAACACCACCGGAACAGAGGGCUUCGAGGCCAACCGAGGUGAAGCAUCAAGGCUCGACGACACCGAGCUCACCCUUCUGGGGUUCGUCGGCCUAAAAGACCCGUGUCGCCCGGAGGUGGCGCGCGCGAUCGAUGCUUGCAGAAAUGCCGGAGUCGGAGUCAAGAUGAUCACGGGGGACAACGUGUUCACGGCCAGGGCCAUCGCCGUCGAGUGCGGUAUAAUUAGACCAGAUGAGUCGGAGGCUUUGGUCGUGGAAGGGCAGGAGUUCAGGAACUACUCGCCGGAGGAGCGUCUGAAGAAGGUCGACCAGAUUUGCGUCAUGGCGAGGUCGUCCCCUUUCGACAAGCUCCUGAUGGUGCAGUGUCUGAAGCAGAAGGGGCAAGUGGUGGCCGUCACCGGCGACGGAACAAACGACGCGCCGGCACUGAAGGAGGCCGACGUGGGUCUGGCGAUGGGCAUCCAAGGCACGGAAGUCGCCAAGGAGAGUUCCGACAUAGUGAUCAUGGACGACAACUUCGAUACGGUGGUGACGGUCAUGCGAUGGGGGCGGUGCGUCUACAACAACAUCCAGAAGUUCCUACAGUUCCAACUCACGGUCAACGUCGCCGCCCUGGUGAUCAACUUCGUUUCCGCAGUGGCCACCGGCGCCGUGCCGCUGACGACCGUGCAGCUCCUGUGGGUGAACCUGAUCAUGGACACGAUGGGCGCGCUGGCUCUGGCCACCGACACGCCCACCAGGGAGUUAAUGGAGAAGCCGCCGGUGGGGCGGACGGCGCCGCUGAUCACCAGCGUAAUGUGGCGCAACCUGUUGGCGCAGGCUCUGUUCCAGGUGGCGGUGCUGCUGGUGUUCCAGUUCCAAGGGGAGUCGCUGUUGGGAUGGAGCGAGGCGGAGAACAACACGAUGAUCUUCAACACCUUCGUCCUCUGCCAAGUCUUCAACGAGUUCAACGCGAGGAAGCUGGAGAAAAAGAACGUGUUCCAGGGGAUCCACAAGAACAAGCUGUUCUUGGGGAUCGUGGCUGUCACGGUGGUCUUGCAGGUGAUGAUGGUCGAGUUUCUGAAGAAGUUCGCUGGCACGGUGAGGUUGGGAUGGGGACAGUGGGGGAUCUGCGUCGGCAUCGCGGCCAUCUCGUGGCCAAUUGGGUGGCUUGUGAAGUUUAUUCCGGUGGUCGACAAUCCAUGGCUUCAACUCCGGCGUUACGUCACCAAACAGUGAAAUAAAAUUAAUUUUGCCUUCAUAAAUGUUUAUAUAGUUUAUGGAAAUUAUUUUCUAUUGAUUACUGGUACUAAUGAAUAAUAGUCAUUCAUAAUUUAUCUUCUUAUUGACCUAAAGACCUAGACUAAUUAGUAGGAGAUCAAAUCCUCUGUCCUCAUAUUCUCGUGUCUUCGUGUUUCAUCGUCGAUCGGGCAAGUUAAACAGUCUCGUGUUGUGCACUGUAUCUUUGAGAUACAAUUAAUACGUCCGAUCGAUGAUAAAAUACGGGGACACGAGAAUCUAAAGGAUUUGAUCUCAAUUAGUAGAGAUACGAAUGAUUAUAGAGCCAACACGACUCAUCGACUUUGGAAAAUAAAAAGAAGAAAGAGUGUGACGUCAUCAAUGUACUAACAAACAAAUGUAGAGCAGUCACGAGGCAUAAACUUCUUCAGUAGAUAUUGUUUCUUCUCAAUGCUCGUCUGUUACAUAUAUAUAUAUAUAUAUAUAUAUAUAUAUAUACUUGUCUUCCAACUUCUUCCAUAAUUUCUUGGUUGGAUCUCUUUAAGAUAUAUAACAAAAUAGUUUUGUUCUUUAGCGACCGAGACAAAGUUUGAAAAUUCCAGA